AUGAAUUGUGUAGAACAAAUUAUUGAGGAAGAAGAAGAGGAUGAGGUAAUAUUUGGAUAUGUUCGCAGAAAAAUUCAAGACGAAACUUUGAACUCAGAAUUAUUUGAACUCGAAGUAAAUUCAAAUGUGUUCAGAGUAUGUUCAUUAGAGCCCGAAGUUAUUCAUUUGAAUCUAGUGGGGUUAAAUGGACUCGAAGUAGGGUUGUUACAGCUAGUGUUGUCAUUUGACACAUAUGACGUUCGGUCACCAGGUCUUAAAUAA